AUGGAGAGAGCAGCAGCUGAUGUCAAGGGUGGAAAAUCCAUCAGAUCAGUGGCUAAAGACAGAAAUGUUGACAGGUCAACCCUGCGGAGAUACAUAAAAAAGAAGGAGGUAAAGGAAGUAAAAUCAGUAGGGUACAGUGGAACAGCAGAAGCAAAGAGGGUCUUCACAAAGGAGGUGGAGAAGGAUCUAGCAGACCACAUAAAAAAGCUAGCUGAGCAGUUCCACGGCCUUACUCCAAAGAAAUGCUGUGAACUGGCAUUAGAACUAGCAGAGAGGAACAACAUUCCUGUACCCAAUAACUGGAACGAAAAGGGUUUAGCAGGGCACUUAAGUAAGGCCACUGUAUGCAGGACGGUCAGAAAAGUGUGCCUCGCCCUGAAACGGCUACUGAACACCUUCAUCGUUUUCCCUGGACAUAAACCGGUCAGAGUCGUCAAGGAGGAGUUCCACAGGAUUGCAGGAUUUCCCAGUGUGAUUGGCUGCAUAGAUGGCACACAAAUCCCCAUCACGGCUCCCUCACAUAAUGAGGCGGAUUAUGUUAACAGGAAGUCCAUUCACAGCAUAAAUGUGCAGAUCAUAUGUGAUGCAGCCUACAUCAUUUCCAAUGUGGAGGCCAAGUGGCCUGGGUCUGUUCACGACUCAAGGAUGUAUCGUGAGUCUAACCAGAGCAGUCAGAGACACCAUAUCCCGCAUCCACUUCAGAGAUUAAGACAAUAUCAUCACCACUACCACCACCAACACAGCAGCAGUCAAAUAAAAACAUAAUACAAAUUUCA